AUGACGCCUCGCAUUAUCAACGCUGCGACCGUGUCCGGGAAGCCACGCGCAUCCGUCGGUGGGUCGAGUAGACGCAUGGACUUUGCGACGCUCGGUCGUGCACCCAUGCAGCUCACGCUCGGCAGGCGGCGGAUCACAUCGCGCGACCUGCAGGUUGUCGAGGCAGCGGAGGAGCUCCUGAGCGAAGAGGUCCCGGAGCCGGAUGGCGUCGCGCAGAAUGUUAGUCUACUGCGUGGCUUCAACGCGACAAUACCCAGCGCAGACAAGAGUCGGGCGCGGCGGAGACAAACACGCAAUGUGGAUACUCCACGGCUGGGCCUAAAGCGGCUAGGGAUGGGCGCGCGAGGCAUGUUGGGUGAUGAGGAGGACCAUGAGGGAGAAAGCGUGGCCAGUGAGGAGGACAUGGUGAUGAUCGGCAACACGGUGGGCCGCGGUCGUAAAAGUAAAGCAAAGCGGAGAGGUAGAGAGAGCUUAAGUGCGGGGAAGACCUUCGGGAAGGAGGAGCUAGUGCGGCAGACGCAGGAGAUCGAGCGAGACAAGGAGAACAUUCACGUCCGGAGAGCUCUCAUGAACAACGAGAUUGCGGAGAUCACCCACAAGAUCGAGACACUUGACGCGAUGCGGGCCAAGCUGGAGCAGGACCUGCUGAAGCUGCAAGAAGACGAGCUCGAGCUCGAUGAUGAACUCGAAGGGGUGAGAGAGCGACUGGAACUUGAGACGAGUCGCACCCGAGGAGCCCAUGCAGACCAUGCCAUUCAGAGUUCGCGUAGGCGGAAAGGACCCACAUUCCUGCCUUCGGAACACGAUGAACUGCCACCAGGGGUCGCAUUCAUGACGCUCGAGAGCCACACAACACCCAUCACUGCGCUUGACUUCUCGGAGCCGUACGGUACGCUGGUGACCGCGUCGCAGGAGGACUCACAGCCGCGUGUCUGGGACCUACUCACAGGCGAGGAGAUCGGGCGGCUGCGCGGACACCAAGGCACAGUGAAGUGCAUGCAGGUGGAGGAGCAGGUCUGUGUGACAGGCAGCGAGGACGGUACGGUACGGCUAUGGGACCUUCGGCGCGUCGACGAGGACGAGGACUGGGAGGGCGAGACCUUCAGCCUAAGCGACGUCGCAGAAGAGGACGAGAGCCACGACGGCGGCGAGUCGCACACGAACGGCAUCCGGUCCGCUUCGAGCCAGCCGUCGAGCGUGGCGGAGCGCGAGGGCCCGUGCGUCCGGCUGCUGGAGGGCCAUACCAAGACCGUGUCUGCACUGUACUUCGAGGACGAGUGCCUCGUCACUGGCGCGUCCGACAAGACGAUGCGCCAGUGGGACCUGAACACGGGGCAGUGCGUCAUGACCAUGGACAUCCUCUGGGCGAUCUCGCACCCACCGGCGUCUGCGCCAGGGAGUGCGCUUCCGAACCACUUGUUCACUGGGGCGGCGGCUGCGGCGGGUUCGUUCGCUGUGCCGAUGCCCCCGUAUGCGGAUGGCAGCUGGGAUAUGUAUCAGGACUUCGUUGGUGCAGUGCAGUUCUGGGGGUAUGCACUUGUGAGCGGGAGCGGUGACGGCGCCGUGCGGAUGUGGGACAUGCGGACUGGCCAGCCUCAUCGUACGCUGCUUGGUCACACAGCCCCCGUUUCGUGUCUCCAGUUCGACGAGCUGCAUGUAGUCAGCGGUAGCUUGGACAAGUCCAUUCGCAUCUGGGAUUUACGCACCGGCGGUAUCUUCGAGACGCUCAAGUACGACCAUGCCGUCACCGCGCUACAGUUCGACACGCGCAAGAUCGUCGCUGCUACGGGCGAGAACGGCGUCAAGAUCUACAACCGCACGAGCAUGCAACACUCGUCGCUCCUGACGAAUGGGCACACAAAACCAGUCGAGCGGCUGCGCUACAUGGACAGGUACCUCGUCUCCGGCGCGCGCGACAGCACCGUGAAAGUCUGGGCUCUAUGA